UAAAUUCUUAACUUUAGUUUUCAUUCUUACAUUAGAGUAAUGGCAUGUAAUGUUUUAAAGGUAUGAUGUCAUGUUUGUAAAUAUUACUGUACAUAAUGAAUAUUGCACUGAAGCUUGAUUUGAAGAAAAUCGUGAAGAAAAUCGAAAUCGCAAUAUCUGCCAGAAAAAUCGCAAUGCAAUCUUUUCCUGAAAUCGUUCAGCCCUACCUUACGGAUGGCACAAGCAGGCGAUUUGUUCACUGAUGCAUUUCCAAUGCAAAAACCCUGACCACCAAUUGGAAUGGAGACGCUGCAAACCCUCUCCAUCCAGCUCUCCGAGAAGCAGUUGACAACAACGGAGACCCUACAGAUAACACAAGCCCGUGAUUUUUUCACUUGCGCCAAAUUAAACGGUAAGGGGACUCAUUUCAGACAAAGCAUCUUUGCACUUUUGUUUUUUUUUCAAAGGCAUCUGAUGGGUUUGCACAAAUAGGAAGUAGGCUAAUUAUAUUUGAGGUUAUCUGGCACAACAUUGAAUUGGUUAUUGUUGGUGGCAUCAUUGCAUAUUUUUUUUUACAAGCAGUCGCAGUUGAAAGAACUAAAAUAUUACUGACUGGCUACACAAACUGCAGCUUACUGAUGUUUCAUGAAUGGUCUUAGUGAGUUAAUAUUUAUUUUUAUGGAGUUUCUACAGAAUUUGCCUGUUAAGAGUAACCUUUGCCCUUAAGAAUUCAAUACACGUCAACACAAAAUAACCUUGUUGUCCUGGAGAUGUUUUGAACAGGCAUGCCAGUUUCAAGGCCCUCGGUCAGGACUCGAGUGUGAGACACUGCUUCAGGGACUAAAAGGGAAAGUUGCAAGAGUAAAAGAAAAACAUCAGUUACACCAAAUAUGUCAAACCACUUGGGUGUCUUGACCACAGUACACAUAAUCAUGUAUUUUCUUUUCUCUCUUACUACAGGCUUUUUACAAUGUAUAAUGUACUGCACAACUAAAUUGCCCAAACAAGUUCUAGCUUUUGUGAGGGAAAAUAACCUUGAAAUGACAGGUACAUGAAUUGAUCCUGGCAAAAACAUCAAAAUGGCACCCAAGCAAAAUAACACAAAUAAGGUAAAACGAACAUGAACCUUGACGUUCCAGUUUCUGGGGAGCCUCGAGCGCGAGGUUCAAGAGCAGUUGACUGCUCGAGCAAUGCACUGCUCCUGAACCAGGCGCACGAGCCUCCCCAGGGUAGAUGCUCAUCUUCCGUUGAUGUCGUUGGCAACUACGGUCGUACUGACAUUUACAGCAAUAAGCUAAUAAUUAUUUCAUAUUAUAUACAACUCUUGGUAAGUAGACUAACACGAAUAGCGAUCAUGUUUGACUGUCGGUCUGUUAGCAACUUUAGUUAGACCAUAUUCGUUCAUAGAUGACUAACUAGAUAUACUAACUAACGUUAGCUUUAUCAUCAAUGACAUUCAGCUAAACUCUGUGCCAAAUUUCUUAUGGCUACUGCUAUGCCAGGAUAAGUUAUUGCGGUUAUCACAGCUGUGUAUAUUUAAUUCACAUUAACGUAGUCUGUUUAUAUUAGGCUACGUUCAUAUACGAGUAACAUUAAGAAACAACAUUGCUCAUAUGGCCAACUUAAAAUGUCAAAUUGCCAAAGAAUAGCAGCUAAAUGUCCGUUAUAUCAGAGACAUCUAUUGCGCUCGAGACAUCGUUUGAUUUGAUUAUCAAAGUUCAUGACAGGUUCUAGAAGGACAUUGAUAAAAUAUUAACGAUUUCUUGUUUACAAAAUUGUUCGUUUGCUGUAGUACUACAAGUAAUACCAUUAAUAAUUAAUAAAACCAGUAAUUACCAAUAAUACUAUGAAUGUCAUCCAUUAUAUACAUUUUAGUCCCAUUUCCCAAUAAAUAACGUUGUUACGGUCACGUGACAACGGUCACGUGACACGCGCUACCCUGACUAGCAGCUGAAUCCCGCGAAACCGUCGCGGGGAAAUCCAAAUCAUUAAAAUUAUCAAUUUACUACGGGAAAUCGACCCGUGGACAUGUCGGCCCAUCUACAUAUUGUACCAUAAUACUAAAUAAAACCAAAUAUUAAUGACCCCCUUCACCCAAGCCUCCACAAGGGCAAGAAAAAAAAUCGAAUAUAUGAAGUAACGCGCUCAGACUAACUAGACUUCUUUAUAUAACUUAACUGCGUGCUGAAUCCAACGUAUCGUAAUAUUAUUUCCUGAAAGAAAGGACAGCACUGUUGCAUUCAUAACUUGUAAUCGCCAACAACGGACGUUUCCCUUUUUCAGCGUGUAAUGGCCGUGAAGAAGCCAUUACACGCUGAAGGGCGCGCGGCCCGAAACGUCCGUUGUUGGCGAUUCAAAGUUUCGAAAGCAACCGAGUGCUGUCCUUGCUUUCAUGAAACCAUAAUACUCAACAACUCCAUUUCUAAAUUACGCUUAAUUGGGAAACAAUUCUGCUGCUUACCUUGCUAUGCCACAUGUAAAUCCCUUGGCUGUUGGGUGCAGCCUGCUGGCAACGACGAUUAAUGAUUGUGCACACUGCACAGAAGUGCGCCCCCUGAUUACAAAUGCAUUGAACCGGAACUGAAAUCACACGCAGCCUCUAUUUUUUUAACCAAUCUGAUCACAGUUGAUUUAGUACACCAGGUGUGGCCAUAAUAAGAAUGCAUGUGCUUUUUCAACUUGAAGGGACUUUCAAAUUAUUACAUAACUAAAAACGACAUGUUAUUAAAUGUUAACAUUCAAAUACACAUUCACACAGAAUGCACGGUUUUAAUCCUGUCAGAUAAGCCCACUGCAAGCCAUCUCAUAAAUAGUAUAUCUUAGUUUAUUACAGCUGCCUGUAGGACCUUCUACACUUCAAAGUUAAUGUAUUUGUAUAUUUAUCCUGAAAUAGGUCCUUAAUAGGCUAUACAUUAUUAGAAGGGGGAUUCUUCACUUGCAUGUGAAAGGGUUAAAUGCAAAUAUUCAUUGUUGUCACACUAUGCCAUCAAAACUAACUUUGUGUUUUUUUUCUUCUUCAUUUGCAUAUUUAUGGGACACUGAAGACCAUUCAAAGCUCACGGCAGAAAAGGUAUCAAACUAGCAUUUCAUUAUUCAUAGCAGCAGAUGGACUACUUAUUUGUUUUAUUUCUGUUGAUUGAACCAACACAGAUCGGUGUAUGUAGGGAAUUUACUAUUCCUUCAUUUGUUUUCUCAGGUAUCUGAUGUGGAAAUGCGAAGACUGUAGCCUGUCAUUUUCAGAACGAUCUGAGCUACUGAAACAUUACCGCAUUGACCAUAGGUUUCACGGUAGGCGCCGUCCUUACCCAUGCAUCCAUGCAAAUUGCCCCUGUUCGUCCAAGACAUGGAAUGGUCUACAAAAACAUAUUGCUAGAAAUCAUCCUUCUCAGGAGUCCACACAAAAGAUCUCUUCGUUCAAGUGCUACAUUUGUGACAACAAUCAGCUUUCCACAGAGUAUGAUUUUUUUCUUCAUAUCAAUCAACAUUUGAAAAAAAAUGAACAAGUCUCUUGUAUGUUUGAUGGUUGUUCAUACAAAACAAACAUAUACAGCAGUUUCCGGACCCAUAAAUGGAGAAAACAUCAGUCAUGCACCGUUAAUGACUUUAAAAGUGGAAUAAUUGUCACAUCAUCACUCAGUUCCAAUCCUUCUGAUUCAUUGAACUCUGACCUGAAUGAAGAAGAACAGCUGGAUGAGCCAAUUACUGAAGAGUCUAGAGAUCUAGAAAAGGAAUUUGAACUGAAAUUAGCUUCACUUUUUCUUAAAUUGGAACAAACAUACUUAGUCUCCAGUACAGCUGUCAACGAAUUGCUUGAGGAACUACAACAUCUUAUUGGAACUGACUCUGUGCCACUUAGUCUAAAAACAAUUCAUCAGGUUUUGGGAGAUAAUGAUUGUCAUGUGGAAGCAUCUGUUGUUGAAGUGCUAGCCACUGUUCUAUGUUCUUCACAUCCAAUUCAAAAAGCAAUAGUGAAACAAGGCCCAUUGUCUUCUUCUUGGAAGCGCAAAUCGUAUUAUAGAAGAGAAUUUGUUGUAGUGUCACCAGUGGAAUAUAUUCUUGACAAAAGGAACAAAAAAUCCUUACAGUAUGUAUCCGUGCUGAAAAUAUUGCAGCAGAUUCUAAAUUCAGAUUCUAUAUUGAUAAAGACUGCCAAUUUGAAAGGGAAAUAUCAGUCACCGGAGAGUGAUAAAGCAGUUUACAGUUGUCCCUUUGAUGGUGAAAUUUUCAGAAACAACACAUUUCUGUCUAAAGACUGUGCAAUUUCACUUAUCCUUUAUAUUGAUGAUUUCGAAAUAUGUAAUCCCAUUGGGACAUCACGACGAAAACAUAAAAUCUGUGCCAUCUAUUGGACUUUAGGUAAUCUGUCCCCCGGUUGUCAAUCUUCACUGUCAUCGAUACAGUUGGCUCUUCUAGUCAGAAGUAAUGAUUUGAAGGUGUAUGGCUAUGAAGCAGUACUCGAGCCUCUCAUUUGUGAUUUAAUUUCCUUGGAACAGCAUGGUGUGUUUUUGCCAAAGUUAGGGAAAUCUGUUAAGGGAACAGUACAGUGUGUUAUAGCCGACAAUCUUGGAGCCCACAGCAUCGCUGGAUUUCUUGAGAGUUUUUCAGGUGGUCAUGUAUGCCGAUUUUGUACAGCUUCCAAAUCAGAAAUUCAAACUAAGCAAGUAGACAGUGGAGCUUUUACAUCAAGAACAGAAUCCCUUCACGCAGACCAUCUCAAAACCAUCGAGGAACAAUCUCUGAAAAAUUUCUGUGGUGUCAAGAGGAGAUGUGUCCUUUCUGAGAAACUCAGUCAUUUCAAAGUCACUACCGGUUUCCCUCCAGAUCUGGUCCAUGAUUUAUUUGAAGGGAUUGUUCCUGCAGAGAUAGCUUUAUGUCUGUCCAUCUUCACAUCUAAGAAAUACUUUACACUUGCAUAUUUAAACGAGUCUAUACUACAUUUCCCCUUUAAGUGGAUUGACAAAGUUAAUUGUCCCCAUCCAGUGCCAUUGACCUUUGCAUCUCGCAAGACAAUAGGUGGCAAUUCCCACGAGAACUGGUGUUUGUUAAGGUUUUUCCCCUUCCUUGUUGGCCAGAAGGUGCCUGUUGAAGAACCUGCAUGGAAAAUACUGACUGAUCUAAAGGAUAUUGUGGACCUUGUUGUCUCACCUGUUCAUACAGAGGAAUCGAUUGCAUAUUUGAAUUUCAAGAUCUCAGAGCACAGAGUACGACUUCAAGAGGUUUUCCCAGACUACAACCUGCUGCCUAAGCAUCAUUAUUUGGAACACUAUCCUCAACUUAUUCGUAAAUUUGGACCAUUAGUCUGUCUUUGGACAUUGAGAUUUGAAGCAAAGCACAGUUUUUUUAAGAGAGUUGUUCGAUAUUCAAGGUCUUUCAAGAAUGUGUUGUUGUCUUUGGCAGAGCGACACCAAUUUCACAUGGCACAGCAGAUAUUAAUGUACUCUCAAAAACGUCUUCUGGAAGUGUCAAAUGUUUCAACUCUUUCUGUUGAUGUGUUGAAAGAGGAGAUCGCACAAGCUAUACGGCUGAAACACCCGACCGUGGACAAUGUGUGUCUGGCAAAGAAUGUCACUUACGAUGGAUUCAACUACAGAACUGGAAUGAUCCUUGCACAUGGAUCUUUGGCAGAGAUCCCUGAAUUCACAGAAAUCAUCCACAUGUUGGUUCUGAAGGACAAUCUUUUUUUCAUUGUUCGGAAGCUGAGUGCGUGGCACUUGGAACACUUCAGGGCCUUUAAACUUGAAGUGAGCUCGACCAAAGACGUAAUACUUGUGGCGCCAGAUGAACUGACGGAUCCAUAUCCGCUGGUGGAUUACACUGUGGGAGGAGUGCGUUUGAUUACCCUGAAGAGAUAUAUUCAAGUUUAAGGUCUGCAUUUUCUCUAAAACAUCCUAUUUGCAUAUAAUUAAUUUUACUAAAAAGGUUAAAUGGGCACUUAAAUGACACUGUAAUCUGCACUUAUUACAAUUCAAACCUGUCUUUAUGCCCACACAAUGUGUUUGUGAAUGUGAAGUAAUGCUUUGGUCCUGUUGUGUGUAAAGACAUCCAGGACGUUUUUGACGCCAGCCUGCACUUCAUCGGUGGCCUGGGCAUCACCAUCUACAUCACCUUCCUUCAACACAUCCAGGUGGUAUUGAAGCAGCUUUCUGGAGCCUCAGGCCGAGACGCAACUUGAUUGGUCAAUAUGGCAAAUCCGAUACGACUCCUCAUCUUGUUGAGUGACGACAGCUCAGUGAGGAUGGAUCUACCACUGGUGCCAGAGACCGUUGAAGAGCUCAUUGAACAGGUCCAAGAAGCAUGCCAACUUGUUGGAUGCAUCAGGCUGCAAUACAAGGAUGUGGACUUUGGUGGAACAUUUGUUAACCUGAGCACAACCUCCUCGAUCAAGGAUCUUGCCACCAUCAAGGUCAUACCGCUUGUUCCUGAUAGUGAUAUCAUUCUGGAAUUUAUAGACAGUGUCUCAUCUAAUUUGAGUGAGCUAGACUCAAGCUCCCUCUCAGCACAAACUGAUUCAGGUGACACAGUCAUACUCGGCAGCAGCCCCUCCGGGAGACUCCGAACAGAGCCCUGGCCAAAGCAGUUCAACAUCCCGACCUUCUCCUUUGAAACAGAAGGUCAACUCGAGAAAGGGAAUGCUGAUUACACCAGGAACCUAACUAGACUGACGCCUUCGUCAAAAAUGCUGUCCGACAUACUGGAAAGAUUGGCAGAGAAGAUUUUCUCCUACAAGGCAUACCCCACUGAUGCAGACUUGGGUGAUGUUGCAGUGGCUCUGACAAUUAAGCAUCCCUGCCUGAGGCAAUCAGACUCCUUCAAUGAGAGCUACGGAUGGAAAAUUAGACUGAAGAGUAAGAUGUGCAACUAUCGCACUCAGCUGAAGUCGCAUGGACUUGCAUCUGAGCUCAUGGUGAAUACUCUCAAACAUAAGUCACGAGAAGAUCUCCAUCCCCUCCCAGCAAAGAACAACAAAAAGGCAAGAAGAGGUGAGGCCAAUUUCUAUCCUCAGACCAGCAUUGCGACUCCAGAAAGCCUGGAGCAAGAGAGAACAUUGCUUCUGACUGAAGUAAAGAAGAGAAACAAUGAGAAAACCAUACGGGAGAAGAUGGCCCAGACCUUCGACUUUAGGAGGCAAGAGGUUGUGGAUCAGAAGCCUUCCAUCGAGAACCUCAUGGAAAGAUGGCCAGCUCUAUUCCAGAUGCAAGAGAUCAAUGCCGAGUUUUUGCGGGUUGCUGCAGUUCCCUUGCUGACGAGAUGUAUGGCCCAGCUGGACAAGUACUCCACGCAGCUACUGAAGAUUAUCAGAAAGAAAGGAGGAGCAACCAAAGCAAAAACUGCCACGAUCCUGGAGUUUCUUGAUCAGGAGGCAGAUGCUGAUGUCAGAAGGGAGUGUGUCCUCAAAUCUCUUAUCAUCUACCUGGGAGAAUGUGUUGAGGACCUGAUAAAAGAAUACACGACGUCCCAGAUAGAUCAAGCCAAGCAAGAGCUAGACAGUACCACCAUGGCGGUCUUCGUCUUCAGAGAGAACUCAAGCCUUCUACAACAGCCCAAAGAGAUCGGGAUCAUCAUUGAUGGUGUAGAAGUCAUCACUGAGUUGCCUUCCGUGGCAGCUGGAGUGGUAAUGCUCUUUGGACUCUGUUAUGCUCUUAACUUGGAAUAUCUCAAGGGGUUCAGGUUCACCUUUGAGGCUAUUCAGAAGAUCCUGAUGGAGCUUGGUUCCAACAAGAUGAGCCCCAAGAUUCGCAAACUGAAUGGUGAACUCCACACUUCACAGUAGUAUGUGUGCCAUGUGUACUUGUGUGUGUUUGCGGCAUGCACAGUAUAUGCACCUGUGCUUGUGUGUCUGUGUAUUAAGCUGCUACCCAGCACUUUAAAAGGGGGAGAACCUCACCGACAACUGAUAGUAGUACUAUUAUAGUAUGUUUAUUAAUUAUUAUUAUUAUUGUAGUAUUAGUAUGGUAGUUGCACCUAGCCACGGGUGCUGUAGCCAUUUAAGAUGUUAUAUUGUUGGGCUUUGAGCUUUGAGUGAAUGUUUUGAAUUUAGUCGUUUGAGGGUCAACACUGCUUCCAGAAAGCAAUAUUUAAUUUAAUUUAAUUACAGUUCAGAUUUGAUAGAGCCUGUGAAUAGGCCUACUACCAUGUGUGUGUUUGUUCUGGUUAAUUUGCUUGGUAGGCUUCUAUUUUUUACUUAUUUCUUAAAGAUCAUUACAGUUCAUUCUCCUCCGU